AUGUCCUCGGCAGAUUGGCCCAAUCCAUUGGCCUAUAUCGGCCUCGCAGCCCUGUCCUACACAACCUUCAAAUUCACCCGCCAAGCAACAGUCUACCUCCUUCCCUCGGCACUGACCAAAACCCACAACCCCAACGGCAAGAACUGGGCCCUAGUCACGGGCGCUACGGACGGAAUCGGCUUCGGUUUCUGCCAGGAACUCUGCGCACGCGGAUUCAAUGUUAUACUACACGGCCGGAACGCUGAGAAGCUAGAACGGCGCGCCCGCGAGCUGGAGGUCGAGUUCCCGACUUGCAAGACUGGGGUUGUGGCUUUGGAUGUUGUGGGGGUGACAGCCGCUGCGAUUGAUGAAGUUGCGAGUCAAGUGCGAAUGAUCACAGAACAGCAUGGGGGUGAUCUGACUGUCUUGGUUAACAACGUUGGUGGGGAGUUAAAGCCAAAUACGAUUUUGGAGGAUUAUACGUUUGAGGAGGCGUCGAUGACAGUGGACAUGAAUGCGAUAUUCAUGUUGCAGAUCACGCGGGCUUUGUUGCCCUUGCUACGGGAUGGCACUAGGGGGGUUGUGUUGAAUGUUUCGUCGAUCUCGUCGUUUGGCAUGCCCUAUCUUAGUGUUUAUGCCGCGUCAAAGGGGUUUGUCAAUACCUUCACCCGAGCGCUUGAGGCCGAGGCCCAUGCCGAGGGACAAAAUUUUGACGUCCUCGGAUUGCUCGUUGGACAGGUGCGCACAGCUUCAUUUGGUGUAAAGAGAAGUCUAUUUGUCCCCGAUGGACGUGGACUGGCAUCGGCAGCGUUGAAUCGCGUUGGUUGUGGCCAGGUGAUGGUAUGGGCAUAUUUCUGGCACUGGCUGCAGGGCAUCUCCUUUGAUGUGCUCCCACGCUCACUGUUGAUGAAGAUCACGGCGGAUAAGAUCAAGGCAUUGGGACGAGAAAUGGAAUGGAAAUCGAAAAACACAUAG